AUGAGCGUUUCUACAAAUACCAUCUCCCUUUUGCCCCCCUCACGCGGGCUUCCCAUCUCACAUCAGCCACAGGGCUCUACAUCGUCGCUGAGGCGGACACAUAGGCAUCGGCGGUCGGCGGCGAUAUCCGGCGAGUUCGAUAUGCGAGAAUUCGGCAUGCUGCCGCCUGUUCAGGCGUAUUCCACCUCGCAGAGAGGAUGCAUGUCUGUCCCAGGGUCUCCGACAAAGGCAAGGGGUGCGUUUCUGACGCUUGCCGGAGAAAACGAGCCGAAAAUCGCCCAACCACAGAUCAAAGUCUCGAAAUCUCCGCCGGCACCUCUCAAACUAACGCCAAAAAACUCCCGGAGCUCGCUCGGAUCGCCUUUCACGAGGCCGGUGGCCCACUUCACGUCCCGUGCAGCCGGCAUACAACCCGGGGAAAGCCCACAGUCGCUUCCGGGGUCGCCAAGUCACUUCUUUAUGACUGAAGAAGCAAGAUUUACCGCUCGCUCGGAUGUCCCGGAUGCAGUUAUCGACUUGGACGACGUGUUUUCGGAGCAUUUGCAGUCAUUGAAACCAUCCAGGCCCCAGGAACAGUCUUCUCGGACGUCGUCUGCCCCCGAACUCGAGCCGUUUUGCUACCCAAAGCACUCUCUUCUCUGCUCUCCGAAAAAGAACGAGGUUGCAAUCGUUGAGGAGAUCACCGAGGAGGACGGCGACGCAAACAGCACCGGCAGAAAUGCUAGUAGUAGUAGCAGCACGACUAGCAUCAGUGCAUCAUCGCAUUGCUCUGCAGCAAAGAGCUGCUUGAGCACACCGGCGAAUUUGGAGCCUUUACAGGCAAAAGUUGCCACGCUGUCUGCACUUACAAGCAAGAAAAGUGGAUCUGCGACCUCGCUUUCGUCCGAAACACGCAGCCUCAGCACAAUUUCCUCAGUGUCGUCUCUCAGGGGAAAAGUACGCUACCAAUCGUACUUCCAGAACCAGAAAAAGCUUGCUUCGCCAACUUUGGGACCCGUGCGGAUGCCUGCCAAGACUAGACCUACCUCUGUGCGUUUUUCAGACAGCCACUCACCCAGUCCGGCACACUUUAGGCGCCGUGAACUUUUGGCACAGGGUGGAAACCGCAAGAAAAACCCGUUCCGCUACCAGUCUCAGGUGUACGAGGUGUCUCCAGACGCGUUCAAGGACUUGGAUCUCGAAAUACCGGGCGAGACCACCCCCAAAACUCCGUCCUUAAACGGGAAUUGGCCGUCUCUCCCUCCACCGGACGAAAAAUCUUCACGUACAAGUUUCACACAGUCCCGUUCACCCUCUCCUUCAGGGUUCGAAUCCCACGACCAGCCUUCUAGGUCGCCUUCCUUUUCUCCGGACCAGCACGAGGUUGCUUCCUCGCAAUCUUCCGCAUGUUCAAGUCCGAAAUACGAGCAGAGCACAAAAGUUCAGCCUUCUUUGCUUGAGAAUCAUCACCGGUCCGGCUCGAUUAUCAGCUCGAUUUCCUCCCGUUUGCACCAUCAUGGCCACGGAAACUCUGUUUUCUCCUUGAAGUCGUUCCGCUCACUUUCCAAACGAGCCUCGUUUGUCGAAUCAGCCACGGACGAGCUUCUCGGUCUCAAUCUGGUGUCUGGAAGAGAAAGAAUCUCUGCCUCAUCGCCUGUAUCGUCUUCUUCCAACUCUUUCGUCCACCAGGACACCACAAUGAGCACACAUGAUGCAAUUGCAGCCGAGAGAACCCUUCUUUCGGACGAGGCAACGGUUACUUCACGCACUUUGGGGGAACCUGGGCCGAUGGUGGAUGUUUCUGUUGGAAAAUACUCCAAAGAGAGCUCUCCACUGUCAAAUAUCUCCAAUACUGGCUCUCCAAAGAAGAGGAAACCUGCUACUGAGCAGCACAAAUCUGCUUCAUCUGGCAGACACGGGAGAAGCCUGCUUCACUGGAUGCUCAAGAACAAGCGCUAG